UUGCAGCUAAGUGUGUGUGUUGUAGGCCUAUGAGUUUUUCUCUGAGUCUUUCCCGCGUCUUCCGCGUGGUGGUGCUCAGCUGCACACGGCAGCGCGUGAGUGAGUGUGAGUCCAUCCUCCGGUUGAACUUUUUCCUCCAAAUUCAGUAAUCUGACACCGACACUAACCCCAAAAAGCAGAGGAUGGAUUCCCAACUUCAUUCGAAAUAAUAGCUCAGCCAGAGCAGACGAGAAAACACGACCGAGCUGGGGGCGAACAUCUGAACGCGCGUGCAGUAGUCUGUGAAGUGACUUUAGCUUUUGUUUAAAUGUUGACUAAAAAGUUUUUAUCUAAAGAGGCGGAUGGGUGACGACCAUUCUCGGCGCUUCCAUGUGAGGAGACGAUGAAGAAUUACAGCAGCAGUCCCCGUCUAAACAACCACAGCGCGAGUCACAGCACGGGUCACAGCGCGGGUCGGAACAGCAGGAACAGAUUCUGGUUGUCGGCUCUCGGGCUUCGCUUCUCUCUGCGCGAUUAUGGUUUCUGCAUGGCCACACUGCUGCUCUUCUGUCUCGGCUCACUGUUUUACCAGCUGAACGGAGGACCCCCUAAAGUUCUGCUGGAGAUCAGGCAGUAUCUCGGAGAAUCCACUUUUGUUGACGACCACGGGCCUCCUACACCAAGGGAGCUGCCAUUCCCAAGUCAGGUGAUCUACAACAGGGUUGGCAAGUGUGGAAGUCGAACGGUCGUCCUGCUGCUGAGGAUUCUGGCAGAAAAGCAUCAGUUUAACCUGGUUUCCUCUGACAUCCAUAACAAAACAAGACUCACAAAGCAUGAGCAGGUGGAUUUGAUGAGAAAUAUUAGCACUAUUCCGCAGCCUUUUCUGUACACCAGACAUGUUCACUUUCUAAAUUUCACAAGAUUUAGGAUAGAACAGCCUGUCUACAUAAACAUCAUCAGGGAUCCCAUUAACCGUUUCCUCUCCAAUUACUUUUUUCGUCGUUUUGGGGACUGGAGAGGAGAGCAGAAUCACUUGAUCCGCACACCCCAGAUGAAAGAUGACGAGAGAUAUCUGGACAUUAAUGUUUGCAUCAUGGAGAACUACCCAGAGUGCUCUAACCCGCGUCUCUUCUACAUCGUUCCAUACUUUUGUGGACAACACCCUCAGUGCAGGGAGCCAGGUGUUUGGGCUGUGGAGAGGGCCAAACAAAACGUUAUAGAGAACUUCCUACUGGUGGGAAUUCUGGAAGAGUUGGAGGACGUGUUGCUCCUUCUGGAGAGACUCCUACCUCACUACUUCAGUGAUGUCCUAAACAUCUACAAGAGUCCAGAAUUUUGGAAGAUGGGGAACCUUACAGGCACAGUGAAGAAGCACAUGCCCACUCUAGAGGCCCUGCAGGUGCUUUACCAAAGGAUGAAGUAUGAGUAUGACUUUUACAAUUUCAUUCGUGACCAGUUCCAUCUCACCAAGAAGAAGAUCGGCCUCAAAUCCACCUCCCAGAACUCUGUUCAUGAGCCUGACUUUCUCCGUGAGCUUGCCCUCAGGACCCAUGAGCCUUUGGAGGAGGAGGAGGAAGAGGACGAAGAAGAGGAGGACGUGGGGCAAGAAGAUGCCAACAUCUGGUUUGUUCAGCCCUGAGUAGUAGGCAUGGCAGAUAUCUCAUAAGCUUGAUGUCUAUGUCCAGUCAGGAGGUAGAGUCAAAGUCCCAGGUUAAAAUUGGGUGUGUAACCCCUGUUUUUAACGGGAUGGCCCUUCAAGACACUCUCAAGAGGAGAAGGGGGUCACAGAAGCGUCUGAAGAAUUAUUGGAGGCGAGUGAGGAUCACAACAAAGUGCCAAGGAUUACUCCAUUAAGCCCACCAUAAACAGCUCAAACACACUAAUCAGAUCCCAUCAUCUCAUCCUCACUCGCGUCCUCCUCUGGUUCCAAAAACCUGCUGCAACUCUGUGCCAGAAUUUCAGUGCUCAUCUUUUUGAAAGGAUCAUUUUAUAUUGUACAUGUAAGGUGUUGUACAAUGAAUCAAAAACGUUUGAAUGCAUGGUAGAUGUCCCAUGCAGCACACUGUUCAUCUAAAAUGUUUGAUGCGUAUGUUAAACAUUUUCUCGCUUUGUCAGUGUGUCAUCUGUUGUGUUCAGUCAUUGCGUAAAAUUGGGCCCUUGAGUUCCAAUUUGGUACACAAUGUGCUUAGAACACUUAAAAGUAAUAGUUCACACGAAAAUGUAAAUUGUAAUGAUGUUUUUGUUAGCAGCAAUACAAUUUUAUCCCACCCUGGAUUGUUUUACAUUGUAUAGUAUAAAACUACUGGGAUAUCAAACGAUACCUUGCUAGUUAAAGGUAAGCUAUUCAAAGUUCACCAGUGCUUGACUGUGACAAUGUUUUAUACCAUACUCAUCUGUCAAUGCCUAAUAGUUUGGGCAGGAUCACAAGCUAAAACAAGAAGACAGUAAUAUUAAACUGAAUGAAUAUACUCAUGAUCAAUAAAACUGCCACACAUAUUGAAAAACAAGGAAAAACACACGGAAAAACAACUGACUGCAGGACAAAAAUAUUCUUGAAUGUGAAAGCAUGAAUUUGUACAUUGCAUUUUAAACCCAGUUCAU